AUGAAAACCACGUGGUUCGGUCUCCUGCUCCUGCAGGCCAUGUCUCUCGCGCUUGCCGCCGCAAUUGAGCGGCCAAACGAGGAAGCCGAGAAGGAAGCCGCUAGGAUUUUGAAGAAGCCCUUUGAACCGUUGCAUCCUGCCACUGGUAAGAUGACCGUCGCACCGUUUCACGAGACUGAUAAUACGGUAGCGGGAAAGAUUUGA